AUGGCGGGCGUUUUCGAUAUUGAAUUGAAUGACCACCAGACUAGCGCAGCAGUGCUGGGUGAUGAAGUGAUGGAAGAGGAUAAUGAAUAUAUUGAUGUUGAAGAUGGGCAUAUCAGUUCACCGCCGCCGAGCUCGUCCUACUUAGAAGAUCCGUAUAUUGAGAAAAUUGAUUUGGAUGAAUCAACUGUCAAUCCACCAAAUACGCGCUUAGGCCCAGAAAAUUUCCAGUUGCUCAAAGUUUUGGGAAAAGGUGGAUAUGGAAAAGUAUUUCAAGUUAGGAAGAUUAACGGAAAAGAUGAAGGAAGGAUUUUCGCGAUGAAAGUGUUAAAAAAAGCGACAAUUAUCAGAAAUCAGAAAGACACGGCUCAUACAAAAGCAGAAAGGAAUAUUUUGGAAGCAGUAAAGAGUCCUUUUAUAUGUGACCUCCUCUAUGCUUUUCAAACAGGCGGCAAAUUAUAUUUGAUUUUGGAAUAUUUAAGUGGUGGCGAAUUAUUUAUGCAUUUGGAGCGCGAAGGACUUUUCAUGGAGGACACAGCGGCAUUUUACUUAAGUGAAAUAGUGUGUUCAUUAGAGCAUCUCCAUCGACAAGGAAUCAUUUACCGCGAUCUGAAACCAGAAAAUAUUUUACUUGAUAGUCGAGGACAUGUGAAAUUGACUGAUUUUGGCUUAUGCAAAGAAGCAAUUGAAGGUGACCAGAAAACGCACACAUUUUGUGGUACUAUUGAAUACAUGGCACCAGAGAUAUUGAUGAGAGUUGGACACAAUAAAGCAGUAGACUGGUGGAGUUUGGGAGCGCUAACAUAUGAUAUGUUAACUGGCGGCCCACCUUUCACAGCUGAUAACAGGAAGAAGACAAUCGACAAAAUUUUAAAAGGAAGGCUUACACUGCCAUCCUUUUUGAGCAUGGAAGCGCGUGAUUUGAUCAAAAGGCUGUUGAAGAGACAUGUUGAAACAAGACUUGGAGCUGGGCCUGAGGAUGCUUGUGAAAUUAAGCAGCAUUCUUUUUUCCGGUCUUUCAAUUGGGAUUUGGUCUACGCACGGCAGUUGGAGCCGCCAUACAAGCCAAAUAUCACUUCGGAGGAUGAUGUAUCCUUGUUUGAUAGCAAAUUCACGAAGAUGACACCAGUUGAUUCCCCUUGCGAACAGAAUAUCUCUUUAUCAGUGAAUCCAUUCGAAGGUUUUACAUACGUUGCGCCAAGUGUUCUCGAGGAGAUGCAGAAGCCGAGAUUAACAAAGGCGUUAUCACCGCAUAAAAAUCAAUGUUCGUCGAUAGCAUAUUCAGAUAGUGACGUGGCAUCGAGUGUUUUAAAUAGUCGAGAAGAUGCGAUGGAUAUUACCACCACUUCACCAAAGUUCAUGUACGCUUGA